AUGGCUCCUAGAAAGAACCCUCAGUCCGUCUCUGCCGAGAUCUCCCUCGCGCACCUCAAGAACUGCUUGGUCAACCUCCCCACCCCGUUGGUAUCUCUGCUUGUCAACGUCAAUACUCCUGCCCAAAAUGUCAUUGUUGAGCUCAACUUCCGAGACACCUCGUCGACCGACAAGAGCUCCCAGCAGCGCUCCGUGUUUGUGGGAUGGACGGGCAUGCCAAGCAAGAGAAGGACGGGACCCCCAGUUGGGCGCGAGGGACUCAAUGGCAUGAGGGGUUCGUCGCGCGACCAAGAAGUCCAGUUGGUUGAGGUUGACUCGGUGCUGGCCAAGACUCUGGGACUCUCUGAGGGUCAGAAGGUCACGGCCACCAUACACAUUGACCCUCCGUUGGCGCAUACGAUCAAUAUCGAACCCCUCACCCCCGAGGACUGGGAGAUUAUCGAACUUCACGCGGCGUUCCUCGAAUUCAACCUCCAGCUCCAGAUCAGGGCUCUUCCGAAUCCUGCCUACAAAACCAGCGAUGGGACGACCGUCCCUGCCCAUCCGCUUACCCUCCAUCUAUCACCGACCUCGACCGCAAAUAUCAAGGUUCUGUCAUUGGAUCCUGCGCCUCCCGUAGAUUCACCCUUUGCCAAGAUUUCGCCCGAUGCAGAGGUCAUCGUUGCGCCCAAGACGAGGCAAAAGAGCUCGCAAAAUAGUGGUGAUCAUCGAAGCGUGGCCAGCACAACCAAGUCAAAGCGAAGUGGCGCCAGUACUGUACGUCGACGGAGCGCCCGGGAAGAACGAAAGCCCACAAUGUUCCUUCGUGGCCUUGAUAGGGUGACCUGUGGUGAUUGGUUUGAUGAAGAGCCGGUGGACCAGGACUUCAGUGUCUGGGUUGACCAAGAUCUUCUAUUUACCAAUGCAUUCAGAGGGGUCAACUACGUCGUUGUGGACGUGAUGAAGCCGGCUAGUCUUCAACAACCACAACCGGAAGAUGGAGCUGCCUCGGCUGCCACGAGCGCAUCUUCAAAAGUAAUCGCCCACCUUAAACCGUGGGCAGAUCCCCCGAACAGUCAAACAGUUGCUCUGUCAUCGCCUCUUUGCGCGACUCUAGGCUGUACGGGCAUGGUUGGGGGUGUUGUCAAGCUUCAGGCUGCCCCGCAACAACUUCCUCGAGGAACCGUCCAAGGCGUCAAAAUAUUCCCUUUCGCAGCCGGCUCCAAGACUCAAGAAGGCCUUAAUUUCGGUGGCGAAACCAAAGCCAAGAAGGAAGAGUCUGCCAAACAUUUCCGUCAGAUCUAUGCAUCCUCCAAGGGCUCUGACGGUCUACUACAGGGGCCUCUGACCGACGGUGGUGUGAUUGGGCUCUACGAUGGUCUCGAUGCUCCCGCAGGAUGGGAAGGAGGCAUCGUUAAAUUUACGUACAGCUCCGAAUUCUCAUCCCAGGAGCAGAAAAAGGAUGCUGUUAAUUGGAUAAUUGGUCUUGACUCCAAGUUGCCAAUUGACUUUCAGCCUCCUACACCUCGGCCUUCGUGGUUAUUCGAAUCCGAUUCGUUUGAGCGACAACCCUCUCAUAACUCAUUGCUGGUUGGAAUUGAUUCCCUCCUAGAGAAUCUACAGUCCCAACUUGCCCACAUGUCGUCAGUCCUACUGACCGGAGGCAUGGGCUCUGGCAAGACAUCUGUCGCGAAACAUUUGGCACAAAAGUUACGAGAGGAAACCCUCUUUUAUACUGUAUACUAUCCAUGCCGGAAACUAGUCAAUGACGAAACCAGGAUCUCCACCAUCAAGGAGACUCUCAACCGGCUGUUCAUGUCCGCAAGCUGGGGAGCGAGGUUAAACGGCCGGGCUGUGGUUGUGCUUGACGAUAUGGACAAAUUAUGUCCGGUCGAAACGGAACUCCAAGUCGGAAAUGAUAAUGGCCGAAGCCGUCAAAUCAGUGAGAUCAUUGGCUCGGUUGUAAGGCAAUACUGUACUCGAGACAGUGGUGUCGUGUUACUGGCAACGGCCGAGGGUAAAGAUUCUCUCAAUGGCGUGGUCGUUAGUGGCCACGUCGUUCGCGACAUUGUCGAGCUAAAGGCUCCUGACAAGGAGGCCAGGCGCCGAGUUAUGGAGUCUAUUGUGAACCAGGAUGCUUUGGCCCCUGAGGAUGCUCCCUCGCAGUUCGGCGACCAUAGUCGGCCGCAGACUGCUGAUGGUAGCGUUGGGGAUGAACAUGGUGCUUGGAUGGAUGGGGCGAGUCACACAAGCCGAGAACAGCCAGCAACAAAGUCUGGCGGCUUCAUUCUGGAUCCGGAUCUUGACUUCCUCGACAUUGCUGGUUCAACGGACGGCUACAUGCCGGGAGAUUUGACGGUUUUCGUAUCAAGAGCGCGCAACGAGGCUAUCAUCCGAGCCAUUGCCGAGUCACCGAACUCUGAUUCAGCCGCCAUUCAUCUUAGCCGAGCUGAUUUCGACAAGGCUCUUAAGGGAUUUACGCCAGCUUCGCUGAGGAACGUCACCCUGCAAAGCUCCUCGACCAGCUUCAAGUCCAUUGGUGGUCUGCAAGAAACACGCCAGGUACUUCUGGAAACCUUGCAGUAUCCAACCAAAUAUGCACCAAUUUUUGCUCAAUGCCCUCUCCGGUUACGGUCUGGUCUCCUUCUAUAUGGAUUCCCAGGCUGCGGCAAGACUCUUCUCGCUAGCGCUGUGGCAGGUGAAUGCGGUCUCAACUUCAUAAGUGUCAAGGGCCCCGAAAUCCUGAACAAGUACAUUGGUGCCUCUGAGAAGAGCGUCCGUGACCUAUUCGACAGGGCUCAGGCCGCGAGGCCUUGUGUGCUCUUCUUCGACGAGUUCGACUCUAUCGCGCCUAAGCGAGGUCAUGAUUCUACCGGUGUGACGGAUCGAGUCGUCAACCAACUUCUUACGCAGAUGGAUGGUGCUGAAGGAUUGUCGGGGGUGUACGUCCUGGCGGCCACCUCCCGCCCUGAUCUGAUUGACCCUGCCUUGCUCCGCCCUGGUCGUCUGGAUAAAUCCUUGCUCUGUGACAUGCCGAACGUGGAGGAUCGAGUGGACAUCAUCAAGGCUUUGUUCCAGAAGGUCCGACUAGCUGACGAGUUGAUUGAGUCUGAAGAGCCUUUGAUGGAUAUCGCACGCCGGACGGAGGGCUUCUCUGGGGCAGAUAUUCAAGCCUUAGUGUCUAACGCACAACUGGAGGCGAUUCAUGAUGUCUUGGACGGCGACAGCCCUUCAGCCAAUGCUCGACGACCGAAUGGCCAUUCUGGGAAGCCGAACAGCACCCCAAGUUUCGUUCAGUUCCCUUAUGGAGCCAACUCUCAGGUCUCCACUGGCGUAACGGCCAAGAGCAAGUCCGCCGCGGGCAUCGAGAAUGCUUCUAUCCUUUCCAAGCUCGACGAGAUCAAGAUAGCCCGCAAGAGAUCGAAGCAGGGGCCGGGAAUUCCCGCCGCUGCUAUCGCAGACAACAAGGCACAAGCCAGUGAGCAGAGGGAGGUAGUAAUUGGGUGGGAUCAUCUGAUCAAAGCGCUUGACAACACCAGGGCCAGUAUCAGCACUGACGAGAAGGCGCGGCUGCAGAGGAUCUACACCGAGUUUGUAGUGGGAAGAAGUGGGCAGAUGAACGAUGGCCAGGGCAGUAUGGAGAUUGGAGGGAGGAGUAGUUUGAUGUAA